UGCGCUACUGCCGGAGGGAUGGGCUGCUCCCAAAAGAGGAAGGGAGGGAGUUUCUCAGUUUCUGUGACCCGCCGGCAGUUGGAGGAGAAGGAGGCGGAGCCGUGACUCACUCAGCCGAAGACCAAGGCAAAAUGGGUAGAAAAGAUGCUUCUGCUGCAAGAACUCCUGUUGAUCAGUACAGAAAACAGAUAGGAAAACAAGAUUACAAGAAAACCAGGCCAAUGUUAAAAGCUACAAGAUUAAAAGCAGAGGCCAAGAAAACCGCACCAGGCAUAAAGGAAGUCAGCCUUGUCCUUGCAGCUAUAUUGGUCUUUCUGAUGGCUUGCUAUGCUUUCUUUUAUCUGAAACUAUCUGAAGAGGUUGACCUUGAUCUGGAUCAAGAUGAAAACUAGCAGAUGUAUUUUUUUUUCAACUCUCAUCGGGGGAAAAGCAUCAUCUUGACCACUUCAGAUUGCAAACAAACUGGCUCUUCACUGAGGUGGACAUAACUUGAACCAGUUCCAGCAGUUCAAAGGCCAAUACUACUCAUGAUAAUAGCUCAGCCAACCUUAAAGAGUUUUACAAAGAAUCACACAGAGCAAACUUCUUCUGCCAGUGAAACUGUAUCAGCUUAUGGUGACUCUUUUAAUAUUUGUUUCUCGAGAUAACAAAUGCUCUAUUCCAGAAGAAAAUUCGCUGCAUUUGUUAUGACUGCUGUUUUGAAGGACUUGACUUUCUUGGAAUCAUCUAUGAAUUGAAUUGAUUUUUAAAGGGGAAAAAAAAGAAUUAAAAAGAUUGCAACAUGCCCAAAUCACAAAAUAUAUGCAAACCAAAAUUACAGAAGAGAAUUUUAAAAUGCUAUUAACAGGCACAAUUCCAUUAGAAAUUGAAGUCCCAAUUAACCUCGUAUCAGGCUGCCUUAGUUUUGUUUCUGGCUAGAAUAAACCUUGUAUGUUUCUUUUUUAGUUGUGUAAGACUGCAGUUGUAAAGUACACAGACUCUAUAUGGUGUGUAUGUACACAUAUGCCAUGUCUCUGUGUGUAUGUGGGUGCAUGUGUACACACACAAGCAUAUAUAUAAACACACAUAUGCACACAGUGUGUGUGUGUGUGUAUGUCAUUUAGAGUCAACUGUGAUCAAAAUCUCUGAGUCAAAACAAGCAGUCAAAAGGUGCCAGAACUGUAGAUCCAAAAAUAACGAUGCUGUAAUAAUUUGAGAUUAAUAACACAUUACCACACAAAAAAAAUCACAGCAAAAUUCUCUGUUCAGGAAGAACCCCCUUCCUUUUCUGGAGGUGCAAGUUUAUUCCAGUUUUCACCCUGGUGCCUUUGUGAGUGUGUAUCAGCAGUCUUCUUUUUCAUUCCUUGCCAACUGUUCCAGGCACAUGUGUUCUGUCAGAAAUGGCACCUGGAUGACAGAAGCUCCAGCGUUCACAUAUGCCUCUGAAGCAGAGUUCCUUGCCUCUUGGGCUAUCUGAAUGAGUGUAAAUAUAAAGUUCAGUUGAUGUUGAUUUUAAUUAGCACAUUACUUCAUUAAUAUAAAGUUGAAAUUCUGUUUUAAUUAUACCAUUGCUGGUGCCUGUGAUAUCAACAUGGAAGAUACAUACUAGAGGCUUUAAAAAAAUCUUUUGCAAUUAGUCGUUUUUCAGCAAGCAAGCACUCAGUUAUAAACCCAGUUUUGUAUUGGGCAUCAUCCCAUGUAACUGAGGAGUAUCCUGGCUUCAUCAUAUAAGAUUUAGGGGCAGGGUAUUAUAGCAAGAUAUACAAACUAUGCAUUGCAAAAGGUAAGUUUUUCCCCUCCCUGUUUCUUUUUUCUUUUUGGGUGGGGGUGGGGGGAUGGGUCUUAAUAAGUCAAUCUUAUUGAAGGAAAAACAUAACACUGACAUUUCUAAUGCUAUCAAAAAUUAUUUGACUGCAAAUAAUACUGGUGAAGUUUCUUUUCCCACAGUUUGGGAGGCUCUUAAAGCCAUGGUGUGGAGGAAAUUGAUUGCAUCAGUUUCCACUGAUUAAUAUAAAGUUAUAUUAUAAAGUUAUAAAGGCUCCCACUUUCUGGGGAGCCUUCUAAAAUGUUGGGUUCUCCCAAAUGAACAGUGUUUCUUCUGGCCAAAAGGCUAGCCUCUAGAUUUCAAUUUUCUUUUGGGUGGUUUGGAUCACUGCCCUAUUGGCCAGUUGGAGUUAGGGGAGAAAAAGCUGGGGUGUUUUCCCUCUGCCAGCCAUAGUGGGAGUAUGGUGUUUGUUGCCUAGAUUGCCUCCCCACACAUUCAUACCUGGGAAGGGGAGCAUGGCCUGCAGCAGGAGGUGGGCCUCUAUGUCUUUCUCCCCCACACACUUGGGGGCAAGUUUCCUAGGGGCAGGGGAUGGGUUGUUUGGAUGUCCUAUCAUCUGCUCCAGUUGUCAUACUUUUUCUUUGAGAUUUUGAACGUGACAGUCUUGCCACAUCAUAUGGCUCUCCAUCUCAUGGAGUUUCAUGUUAAUGUCUGCCAUAAUAAUAUUCAACAAUUCACUGAGGGACCAUUUGAAGAAAUUCAAGUGAAAGAUUCCACUGGUUUCUAUGGUGCUAUGUGGGUGUUUGAGGACAGAGAUGGGAAAUAGUCUCCCCCUUUUCAAUCAAAAAUGUAUGAGUUUAAGUAUGUAAUAUAAAAGAAUUUGUGAUAAUGUUUGCUAUUUUGCUUUGUCAUGAUUAUUUACUGUAUAGAUCCAGUGGUGAGCUCAGUCCAUCAAAUAUUGCUGCCAUACUUCAUUUCGACAGGGAACUAAUAAAAGCCCCUGGGCAAGAACAGUGAUAAGAUGGAUCUGAUAGAAGUUCCAUUGGUACUUGAUUGAUUGAUUGAUUGAUUGAUUGAAUUUCUACCCCGCCCUUCCUGUAUGUAGGCUCAGGGCAGUUACAACAUAUAAAAACAUUUAAGAAUAAACAGUAAAAUCAGCUCUACACUCUAAAA